AUAAUAAAAUGUUUGUCCAAUCAAUUGACUAUUAAAAGUGGUGUCUGUCCUCAUUAAUUGUUUAUAUCUAUUUGGCACUGAAAUUGCGUAAUCCCUGAACACAACUUCAAUCUGAAUGGCCAACCAAGUGAUCUGUUUGUCAACAUUUGAAUACACACCUUUGGGACCGACUAUUAUAGCUGCGGCCGCUAUCCAUUGUCCCGCUUGUGGCCUACGGCUCGAUGAUGUGCUUCGGCAACAAUGUUACGUUAACAGAUAUACACCGGCACUGUUACUAUUUGGUGCAUCAGUUUAUAUAAUGUACAAAUUAGGCGAUUUUAAGCCAAAACUUAGAAGAUUGUCGGAAAAAGUGUGGCAAUUGUUGGGCUACGAUGUAAACGACAAAAUGGAUAAACCGGUAUUUUUUAUUAAUACCGUCGACACGAGUGGCUCCAGCGAUGACCAGAUGAUCGAGUUUAAUGAAUCUAAACUAAGAUCCAAUGGUCGCAUACUCGACAUCAGUGAUAUACCAGAUUUAGAUCUCAAUUUUAGUCCAACACAUACACCAAAAAGUGCUUUUUGGUUACCAUAUGACUCGCAUCUUAAUAAUAGUAAUAAUUAUAAUUACUUUUUUGGUUCCGACAAAUGUGGACCCGAAUUGCCAUUGAAAGACAAUACAAAUUAUAUUAGGAAACAUCGGGUGCCAAACGGAACAGUAGCUAAAAUCGAUGAGGUGUUGACACAGAUAGACGAUAUCAAGAAGUCGAUCGUCGAAAUUGAUUCAGAAAUUCAUGACUUUUCAGUGACAAAGUGUGUCAACUUUAAUCCGGACUUCUUUACGCUAACCAAUACUGAUUUGACAGAAGAGAUCGAUGACAACAAUAGUAAUUCUUCUCUUUCUUCUGUUUGUCCAUUGAAUGACGACUAUUGCGAUCAAUCAAUAAUGGGAACCAGUAGUAGAAGUAAUAUAUCAUUGUCUGCCAGUGACAGUCUAUUGCCAUCAACGCCUAUCCAAGACUUAAGUCUCGAAUGGGAUGACACCGAUAGUCUGUACUAUAGCAGUGAAGAACUGGAAGUAGAAACAGCACUAUCAUUACCGGUCACCGAUGCAGACAAACAGCGGUUUAAAUCAAUGCACGAAUUGCUAGAAGAGGCCAAACAAAUGGGACUAUUAAACAAUAUAUUGGACGCCAUUACCUAUAAAGUAGACGAUAAUAGGUUCGACAUUCGGGAUUCGGCCUAUUUUGAGGAGUGACCCGAUUGUUCUCAAAUAUAUGUACUAUUAAUAUACUGUAUAAAAAAAUGUUAAAUGUAUUUCAAAACUUGUAAACUGUUAUACAAUGUA